GUACAAAAUUGGGACCAACUCAAAAAACCCCAGCUCUGUAAACAACUCGGGGUCAGAGACUCUUCAGGAGAACCUUAUGCAACUCUUUGACUCUUCGAGGGAAGUAUUCAUGGGUGCACUUUGGCUAUUUUAGUACUGCCGGUGCUCUGCAGGAACAAGUCAAUUGUGGUCAGACUUGGGUCGUGGUGGUCUCAGACCUAGCAUGCAUGUUUUUUUACGGGUAGCUAGCUUGUUUGCGAAGCGAACUAUAUCACGGUAUUAUACCAGUUGAACUCGGUUAAAUGCAUUAUAUUCGCUGGCUAUACUUAAUUUUAGCAUUUCAGUAAGUCACUAGUAGAGGUAGGCAGUAAUGAGUUUUGGAGUUAACGGUGUUCGUCUUGGCUAAUAUAUCAUCCAUUUAACUGGCCGGUCAUUGAUGCAACCCAUUGGAGAGAGAGAGAAAAGUUGACAGUUACUUUAUCUUCAUUUCUGCUGGAGCCAGGCUUAUCCUGCAUCCCAGAUAUUUAUAAUCUGAACAUGCUGGAGUUAUGACAUCAUCUGGAGCUGCUGACCAUGACGUGCGUUUGGGAAAGCAUGCAAACUGUUCUGUCAUGAGGACAAUGGGUUGUCAGAAGACUUGCAAGGUGGAGAAAUUCCUGAAACCGUCUCACAGGGAUGUAGUGUGGAGCCAGAGACAAAGGUUAACCACAUCUAAGAAGAACAGCCAGAUGAGUGGCACAGAUAAGCUAAGAAAUGAAGUUUUGCCCCACCACCUCCCAAGUGUGCAGCAUUUGGACAGCUUUCGUCUUCUAGAAGACAACAGCAGUGCUCCGAGACUCAACCCAGAGACUCUGAGCCACCAAAGGCUAAAGCAGAAGUUACUGGAGACUGAGAUCAGCACCAGAAGGAAGGAGUGUGAAGCACUUGAUGCAGAGGUGAAGAAAAAGAAUCAAACAUGUCAGACUUUGGAGAAUGAGCUUCAGGAUUUCCUCCAGGAGAACAAGCACUUGAACUUCCAAUUGUUCAACAACAGCCACAAGGCAUCUGAGUAUGAGAAGGUGAAGUCUGAGUAUGCCCAACUCAAAAAGACCCUUGGUGCUGUGACGCAGGAGAGAGAUUUAGCCCUGUGGGAGAGGAACCAGCUCCAAGGCAAACUGGAGAACCUAGAGCAGGUGCUCAAGCAUAUGCGUGAGGCUGCGGAGCGGAGGCAGCAGCUAGAGUUGGAGCAUGAGCAGGCCUUGGCUGUACUCAAUGCAAAGCAGCAGGAGAUUGACCUUCUUCAGAAGGCUCAGGUUGAGGCUAAAAAGGAACAUGAAGGCGCUGUCCAUCUGUUAGAGAACCACUUGGACAGCAUGCAGGCCAAAGUCCGAGAACUGGAGGAAAAAUGUCGGACUCAGAGUGAGCAGUUCAACCUCCUGUCAAAAGAGCUGGAGAAGUUCCGGCUUCAGGCUGGGAAGUUUGAUAUCCUCAGCACUGAACCCUUAACUGUAUGUGAAUCGCCUGGGUCGCCCAACAAAUCCCUGUCCCAGCUCCUCAAUGGACUGGCUGCCCCCAUAGGAAAAGGCAAUGAGGCUCCAACAAGCAGAUCUUUGAUAUCUGAGUUUAUUCGACCACUCCAGAUCAGUGGAGACAAGCCCGAGCUCCUCUCUGUCAAGCCAACAUUCCUCACUCGCAGUCGAGCCAGCAGCCCAGCACGGGCUUUCCUCUCUGAGAUGGACAAAGAGCUCAGCUCAACCACCAGAUCCAAACCAAGAUUCACAGGGAAGGUCCGUCUAUGUAUUGCCCGGUACAGUUACAAUCCUUAUGAUGGGCCUAAUGAGCAUCCUGAGGCAGAGCUUCCCCUGGUGGCAGGAAAGUACCUCUACGUUUACGGGACAAUGGAUGAGGAUGGCUUUUAUGAAGGAGAGCUGCUGGAUGGACAGCGGGGACUCGUUCCAUCCAAUUUUGUGGAUUUUGUCCAAGAUGAGGAGACACCCUCUGUCCAACACAGGGACACAGUGGCUAAAGAACCUGGCUACCUCAACCACAGUAGCUUGGGGUCUCAGAGACUGGGGGGCGGCACAGGAACAGGAACAGGCAUAAGCAGCCUGCUGUCUGACAGUAAACUAGACUGUCUAAGCACCAGCAGCUUGGGCAUGGACCUCCUGGGCUCCUCCAGCAAUGGAACAGGAACCCUGGAUGUCAGCAUUGACGAAGUCGGUGAAGACAUUGUGCCUUAUCCCCGCCGCAUCACCCUGAUUAAACAACUGGCCAAGAGUGUGAUUAUUGGCUGGGAUCCUCCUGUGGUCCCACCAGGCUGGGGUUCCAUCAGUGGCUACAAUGUCUUGGUGGAUAAGGAGGUGCGCAUGAGUGUCCCCUACGGGGGUAGGACAAAGUCUCUUAUUGAAAAACUCAAUCUGGCCACCAACACCUACCGUAUCUCAGUGCAGAGCAUCACCGACCGGGGUCCAUCGGAUGAGCUCCGGUGCACUCUGCUCGUGGGGAAAGAUGUGGUGGUGGCACCUUACUACCUUCGGGUGGACAGCAUCACGCAGGUCUCUGCUGAGCUCUCUUGGAUGCCCAGCAACAGCAACUACAGUCACACCAUCUUCCUCAAUGGUGCAGAGUACGACAUGGUCAAGGCGGGGGGCUACAAGUACAAGUUCUUCAACCUGAAGCCCAUGACAGUUUACAAGGUGAAAGUUGUGGCACAGCCACAUCAGGUGCCUUGGCAGCUUCCAAUGGAUCAAAGGGAGAAGAGGGAAAUCUCUGUGGAGUUCUGCACUCAGCCUGCAGGGCCCCCUCUCCCUCCCCAGGAGGUGCAGGUCCAGUGUGGUCAGACUCCUGGGGUCCUGCAGGUCAGAUGGAAGCCGCCGCCCCUGACGCCUUCAGGAACCUCCAACGGGGCCAGUGUGAUUGGCUAUGCUGUGUGCACAAAGGGACAAAAGAUAGCAGAGGUCUUGUACCCCACAGCAGACUAUGUGACCGUGGAGUUAAACAGGAUUCAGUGUCUGGAGGCCAGGGAAGUCAUUGUAAGGACGUUGUCAACACAAGGAGAGUCCCAGGACUCGCCCGUGGCCAUAAUCCCGCACAAUCUCUUGGGCUCUCCACGCCUCUCCCACCGAACCACCGCACCUCCCCACACUAUGCCUCACCCGCAGUCUCAUCCAGUGCAUUCUCAAACCCAUCCUCCUUACCCAUCAACAUACCCCCCAAAUCACCCUCAGCCCCAGAUGCAGCCUCUGCCUCGAGCCCAGCCCCACACACUGCCCCAUGCUCAGCCGCACUCGCAGCCCAUCCGUCACCCUCCUCCUCAUCCCCAGCCUCAUUUCCAGCGCCACUCCAUGCCCAAGUCCAAGCCGUUAGUAAGUGCCAGAGAGCCAGAAACCAAAGAGCAUGAGGUGGGCCUGCGGCCAACCCAGCCCUGGGAGCGCUCCCCCUCUCCGCUGCCUCCCAUGCGCGGACCUAACCUAGAGCCGCCACACUUCCAGCCACGCCGAUCGCCCUCUCCUCAGAGGAUCCUGCCACAGCCUCAGGGAGUCCCCAUCCCCAAUACUAUCGCCAAGGCCAUGGCCAGAGAAGCUGCCCAGAGAGUGUUUGCCGAGGGUAACCGGGUUGAGAAAAGGAAUAUCUUUAGUGAACGAGGUAACGCCCUGCACCCACUAAACUCUGAUGAGGAGGAGGAUGGCUACGACUCUCCUCAUGCGAGAAGGAGAGGAGCCUCGGUGGAUGAAUUCCUCAGAGGCUCAGAGCUGGGCAGACAGCACCAUCAUCACCACUACAGCCACAGUGAGGAGUACCACACAGAGAGCAGCCGGGGCUCUGACCUGUCCGACAUAAUGGAGGAGGAUGAGGAGGAUCUUUACUCUGAGAUGCAACUGGAGGAGGGCCGCAGGCGCAGUAUCAACUCCCACAACACUCUUAAGAUCAUUGGGAACUCACUGUCACAUGGAAGCGCAGAUCGUCUGGACCACUCAGGGAGGAGGCCGGUUCACAUCGGCACCCCCCCUCAGCGACGACCCAUCCCAUCCAUUGACGGCUAUGGCGGUCGCAGACACGGGCGGGGACGGCGUUCCCCGGAUUACUAUGAGGAAUCAGAGCCGGAAGAGCUGACCCGUGUGUUUGUGGCUCUGUUUGACUAUGACCCCCUGUCCAUGUCUCCCAACCCUGAUGCUGCUGAUGAGGAGCUGCCAUUCAAGGAGGGCCAGAUCAUCAAGGUGUUUGGGAAUAAAGAUACAGAUGGCUUCUAUAGAGCAGAGAUUAGAGAUCGUGUGGGUCUAAUCCCCUGUAACAUGGUCUCUGAGAUCCAAACAGAGGAUGAUGAUAUGAUGGACCAGCUCCUCAAACAGGGCUUCCUGCCACUCAACACUCCUGUGGAGAAGUUAGAGAGGAACAGGCGGAGCGGUCGUCAACACCCGAUGUCAACACGGAGAAUGGUAGCUCUGUAUGACUACGACCCUAGAGAGAGCUCCCCUAACGUUGAUGUAGAGGCUGAACUGACUUUCUGUGCCGGCGACGUCAUCACAGUUUUUGGUGAAAUAGAUGAAGAUGGCUUUUACUAUGGCGAGCUCAAUGGACACAAAGGACUUGUUCCUUCCAACUUUCUAGAAGAAGUGCCUGAUGAUGUAGAGGUUUUUCUCACUGACUCACCAUCUCGAUACCCCCAGGACACUCCAGCACGGAUAAAGACCAAAAGGGUACAUGCUCCUUCGCAGUACUAGCCCUCUGUCAUCCAUUUACUCUUUUCAGUUCCCUCUAUCUCCUUUAGUUUCGUGUCUGUGCGUGUGUGUGUGUCUCAUUGAUCAAAGUACAAUGGGAUUUCUGUCUUUGGAGCAUUACACUGUAAAUAAAUAGAUGUCUAAAAUCUAUGAGAAAAAAUAAAACUUUAAGACUAAUACUUGACAGAGGUACUUUUAUUUUUCAUGUUUACUGCUGUGAAAGGGGGGAAGUUCUGCAUUGUAUAAUACAUGGGUAUACUGUAUUCAUAAAGCAUUCUCAAUGAGAGUAAAAUGGACGGGGGGGGGACUCCUGUGACUUUUUACCUGUUCUGUCAUGUCUUGAAAACAGCAGUUAACACUUUUUGCACAUGCAUAUUUAGCAUUCUGACAGAUGCUUUAUGAAUAUAUUCUGUGUUUGAUCUCAAAUAAUUUCUAAUAGAGUAAAUAGUUUUGUUGUACUGAAAGAUGAACUAUGUAGUCUGUAGCUCAGCAUGUUCUAUAGUCCAGAUGCAUGAAUUCUUGAACAUUUUAUAUAAAGAUAAGUCUAGUGUAGUACAACUUUUGUAUCUGCUCCUGAACGCCUUGUUUUGUAUAUUGCUUUCUUGUAAAGUAGCACGCAAAGGUCACUUAGCCUAUGUUGCCAUCAGAGAAUAAUUUCAGAAGUAUUCAUUUACUAAAUGUAAAUAUGUGAUGUUAUUUUUGUGUUUAACAAAUAAUGCAAUUGUUGAAAUAUUAAUAGGUGUCAUCAGAUAUUUCUUUCCUUGUGUUCUAAUUUACCAUUGUCAUAGUGCAAACUAUAUUGAGAUGCCAUCACCAUAUAUUUUUUUUAUUUCUUUUCCUCACCCGCUUGGCAAAACAGAAGAAGAGUGUUCAUUUCACACCUUAAAGGCUCUGUUUCCGUCACGUAAGUGAGCAACUGAGGAUACCAAGAUUACGCUCCCCUCGUCUAAUGCAGAUGACAUGGGUACCCUUAGUUUCUGGUAUGCAACAUGUGUACUUUGUAUGAUAUUCCUUUAGUGCUGCUAUGCCUUUAGGUAGUAUUUAGGAAUCUGUGUUGUUCCUCCAAAACACUCAGUGCUGUUUGUUGGUAGGAGACAGUAACCCUGGCCAGUGCAUUAGACAAGAAGUGUGGUAUCUUCAGUUGUUUCUCUGAGUGUUGUACAUGACAAUGUCCGUCUCCUGCAAUAAGUCUCCUGCUGUAACUCAUGGUAAGCUAAAAGGCCAUUGUUGCACAGUUAGCCACAAUUAUUGAAAAUUUGAGUUCAAAUGAAAAUUACCGCUAACAUUUAGACUUUUAUCAGUGCAGUUUGAUGUGCUGCUUCCUAGUAAAGAAUUCUAGAAAAUCUACCAAUUCUAUGCAAAAACCCAAAGAAAAGCAUAAAGUGUUUAUUCGACUUCACAGUUGUAGUGUAAGCCUCUAGCCAAAUGUAGGACUCAUUCUUAUAUGUAGACUAAUGUGAAAUGGUAAAAGAUAAUUCAGCUAUGAAAUCUGAAAUUCAGCUAGAAUUUUAGAUUUCAAAUUGGAUCUAAUUUUAUGAAUCAAGAUGAGUCAUUAAUUCACUUGCAAAAUAAUAUUGAUUUAGAGUGAGACUAUGCAUCUAUUGAUGAGCAGCAGCCACUGUGGUUACAGAUGAUAAUUAUGGAAUAAUAAUAAUUGUCAGAUUUCUUUUUAGCAUUUAUCUAAAACGCUAAGUUACUGUAACAGCAGCUCAAGGGGAGAAGAAUAAUAAAGUCAGAAGACUGACUCAGUAAUGUCUGCUAUAUAGAAAUAUUUAUCUAAAGAUUGCUAACAUUAGCAAAUAUGAGCCACUUUAAGUCACUGGUCACACCAGCCCAAGUAAGGCUGUAGCAGCAAGGCCCUUGAGUGUGCUGAGCUGAUUACGGGUAUGUUUUAUUCGUUUUCCUAAAAGUUACAUAGUCUCACUUUAAACUCAGCACAAUAAACUACUAAAUGAAGCAGAGUGAUUUUGAUACAUGUUCCGGUGUGUAAGUUAUAUCUGCACAUACUGUAUAUACAGAAAUAUAACCUCAUAAAUGUAAUCUUUAACCAUCUGUCUUCCCAAAGUGCAAUUUAAAGGAGCCUUUUAGCUCAUGAUUACAGAAAAGGAAUAGUGACUAGUAGUUUCUCUGUAACCCAGUUGUACCAGUAAAUAUCUCUAUAUAUUGAAGAGGAAGGAAAGUGAAUGUGUAUAAAUAUGUCCUACUUGUCCCAAAAUGCAAAUGUAUCUGUUUAUGUGAGAGGAACUACCCUGCCUUUGAUAGUAAUUGUUGGGAUAUGUUGUCACCUUAACACUGAUGUGGAAGUUAGUCAAUGUCAUGCUUAAAUUCUGUGUUAUAGCUUAUUCAUAGCAGCUUCAUCAAAAAAAACACUGUUUCUACCUGACAGAGGGGGAGGGAGAGGUGGGGAGGAAGGGGGGGAGGGAGUGUGUAUCUAUACCUGAGUGCACCAGACUACAUCCAGGGAGGUAGACUUCAGAGCUUAUGGUGGCCCUGCAGAGAGGACAGAAAGGACUUAAGAGAAAGAGGGGAGUAGUGACUGAGGUGUGAGAGACAGCUGGCUUUUUAACACCCUCAACUGUCCCUUACGGGUCUCCCAUUAGGUUCCAUUGGAAAAAUCGGGUCCGCCCAGAAGAGCAGCCUCUCCCACAGUGCGUCCACACAUCCCUGGCUCUGGCCCUGCCACCGUGGGGCCCGGCAGUCCCAUCAGGGCCCCACUGGACAUGUACUCCUCCAAAAAGAAAAAGGGACUGCUCUCCAAAGGGAAGAAACUAUUGCAAAGACUUGGCGCUGUAAAAUAACUUCUUGACAUACUUGGAGAGUGUCAUCCACUUCCUUGUAGUGUUUAAAAAAAAAAAAAAAAUCAAACUAUCAUACAGUGGACAGGUGGCAUUUGUGAGCUUAGCAAAUGCUUUAUUCUUGUACAUCUGUUGCAUAAUAGAAUAUUUGUAUUUUGUUAACGGUAUCAACUACAUAUUUUCAACAACACAUUUCAUAUUAUGGUCCUGAGACCUCAUGGGUGUCGGCCGAUGUAGAAUUGAAUAUCUUACCUCUGAGUCUCCGGCUGAUGAAGUUUUGCUGUAGACAGAGGCAGGGCCCAGGACAUUCUCCAUUUUGCACUUGGUCAAGUCUGAUGACACCACAUUAUGAGUCUGACCAGUGUCCCUGUAUACAAAAUCAGAAUAUCAUUCAAACACUGUGGGCUCAGUUAAACCUUGGGGUCUAUUUUGAAUCUGAGGACAAGGAUGGACUUGGAGGAGCUUAUUCAAAACAGCAGGUCACGUAAAUUGUACACGAGAUUUGCAUGCUUUUUACUUCAGCACAUUCCCUCCUGAUCCCGUGAGAGCGCAUGUGAUGUGAUGGGCUCAGUAUGGAACCUGGAGCAUGCAGUACUUUAACACAGUGUGGCAGCACGUGCUGUGCAGUUUACUGUGACAAAUCAGAAUGAACUCCUACUCUUCUGCCCUAUCUCAGCAGCUAUAAGAGCAGCAAGUGUCCCCCCCCCACCACACACACAAACAUGUCAACACACCUUCAGAACAAGCACAUACUGCUCCUACUACAGGGUCUCUGCAGUAAAAUGAGCCUGAAUGGAAAUGCCUAGUAGAUCCAACCUUCAUGUAUUUGCCUUAUAAUCGCACAAUGGUUAGUACUUUGUCCAGUAGAGCGUGCAGUUCCAUGCCUACUAUUCAUUUAUGUUGUUACUUCAUAACACAAGAUCUGUUUGCAGAUGUUAAUCCUGAUUUGUGAUGUGCAGGGUAUUGUGUGACUGUCGUGAUUUCAGAUUACACGUAACCGUCCAAGACUCCUGUUUCUAUAACGUCCAUCAUCCAUAGUUAAGCCCAAAAAAGAAAAUAUUAUUUUUAAUUUUAGAAAUAUUCCUUAGAAAAUAGAAAAAAAAAUCCCUGUAUAACCAAAUUCAGGGGCUACUGAGGAAAUGAAGGGACUUUUAUUUUGAGUUCACUGUUUUUGGUGCCACACUGAUGCACAUCUGAUAUAAAACAAUGACUACUCUACAAAGGAAAUAAUAAUACAUAAACAGAUUAAAGAACAAAUAGUAGUUAAUCUGUGUGAUAUAGCAUCAGCAAAUGAUGUCCUGUUGUUGUACUGCAUUUGAUUCAUAACAUGCGACACUUUUGGGCUUCACUAGAAGUUUGACUCCUAUCACAGUAGUUAACAGUGAGACACAAGGCUACCUCUAUGCUGCCCCUCUACCCCUCUAACCCCAAAUCUAUUAGAUCUGAAAUGUUUAUUCAAGCCAAUCUGUCAUCGAUGCCUGUUCAAUGUGUCCCAAGUUAUGUUGGUGCAGGAUACAAGUACUGUAUAUCAAUAUAUAUAUAUCUACACCUUAAUGUAGAGUAGUGAAUGUAUGAUGAAUUGAAAGCCAAUGUAUUUUCAAAGCUGCCCAAAAGGAUUGUGCAGAUGUCCGUCUUUGUGCGUGAAAUGAAACAGUCCACCUUUAUCUCCUAACACCGUUCUGUUUUCCAUUUCAUCCUCUCAUGUAUUUUAAUAUCUAGCCUAUUUUUUCUACACACAAGAGUUGAACUGAAAACUGCCAAAAAAGAAUGUAUGCAAAACAUUCUGUAAUACUUUCUGUACAAUUCUCGGCCGAACAGCCAUGUUAACCUAAGGUAACCUGAUGUACAUCUUUUCCUAUUUAUGGACCAUGUCCUCAGACAUUGCUUCUAUUCAUUUUGAGUGACUGUUGGUCUUUUUGUACUUUGUCCAUUUGUAAAAUUGUUUUUAAAUGUUUAUACUUGAUUUUCAAACUGCCUUUUUUGUACAUUUAACUUUAUAAUCAAACAGUGCAAGCUUUCCCCAUGGUGUCUUGAAGACCAUAUUGUUUAAAAGUCUGCAAUUGUGUGCUAGCUUUAUGAUAAGAAUUAUCAGCCUAUAUUGAUGGUUACAAAUUAUUGUGUGGGUGUGCAUGUGCAAUCUUUUCUAAAAAAAAAUCUAAAUAAAUUUAAUAUUUUGU